AUGAUGUCCUCCGCUAGGCGUGUACCUGACAGAGAACUUUUGCGGCGGAGCAGUGCUGACAAGGAAGUCCCAGUGCCGUCAGCCCCAGCUGAUGCGCGAUGCACCUUUUGCGAUCAUCACCUCGUGCCCGAUGCCAGAUUCUGCCCCAAGUGCGGUCACCUCCGCAGCCCGCGCAGCCCAGAGGUGCGGCAAGCAUGGCCUGAAGCAAGCUGGACCGUGCGGACGCGUCGCUUGGAGCGUGGUGGCUGGGCUGGUGAAGUUGAGUUCGGGAAGGCACCACACAACCACAACAGUGUUCAGGUUUGGCACAGAGGUCCUUUGAGGACUUUUCUACCAGAACCGAUGACGAGAGACCAGAUUGAUUGGACUGCUUAG